AUGGCUGAGGGUCGCAUGUCCGGCCACGAAUCAGGGCAUCGACCUAAGCCAAGCCAGCCUCUUCCACCCCCCUCACCACCACCUCGACCGCCGGUCAGCUCCUUCAGGCCUCCAGUGAGUUACAGUCACUGGAGACCACCGCCGGGGCCACCACCGAUACCAGUGGACCCAGAACAUGGGCAUUGGGGCCGUCAUCCUCGACCAAAGCCUCCUCCACAGGGGCCUUACCGCCGUGUACCACCUCCAGCAAAGUCUGACGUGCGCCCGGGGCCGAGCGUACCGGUAGCCCGCGCACCCUCGGCCCGAUCAUACUCGUCGGGAGACUCGUUCCCGGAGGAGGAAGUUCUCCGCCGCCGGGAGUCACAGCUGCACGAUCGGGAGGUGAAACUGCGCGAGCGGGAGGUGCAGCUGCGCGAGCAAGAAGCGCGUCUUCGCGUCGGGGUAGAUCCUCGUCUGCGCGGAGACCACGCGGAGCAGGUGCUAGUCCGAGAGGAGCAGGGGCUGAUCAGCACCCAGACGGUGGCGGGAGAGCUGUAG